AUGAAUUCUUAGAAACUUAAAAAACUAUAAGGAAACUUAUUUGUAGUUUUAAUCAUUUGUAUAAUCUGCUUUAUUUAUUUUUGCAAUGUAAAAUUGGUGUGGAUUGAUAGAAGGCCAAGUAAUUUCUGGACAUAUCUCUACCUCAUAAUAUUCAACGUUUUCUCAUUUAUGCUAGCAUGGUCCCUAAUUGUCACUAUGUUCACUGAUCCAGGUCGUGUUCCUUAAAAUUGGGGCUACUUUUUAGACGAUCAUGAGCAUAAAAAGAGAAGAUAUUGCUUGAUUUGCCAUAUUUUUAAGCCAGAAAGAUGUCAUCAUUGCUCAGCUUGCAAUAGAUGUGUUUUAAAUAUGGACCAUCACUGUCCUUGGUUAGGAAACUGUAUUGGAUUUAAAAACAGAAAAUUCUUUAUUUUGCUCCUUUUCUACGUAAACGUAACAACUUGGCUUGCUAUGUUUGGAAUGAUUGGAGAAAUAUUUAAUAUCAUGGUGUCAAUUAAGUAAAAACUUGGAGGAGAUGACACAAUAACGAUUUCAUGGUUCUCUGAUUUCUUGAUUGUUGCUUCGUUUGGGCUCGAUAUAACAGCUAUGGUUAUAAUAGGAAUUUUCUUUAAAUUCCAUUUAGAUUUAAUUUUUAUGAACACUACUACUUUAGAAAAUUUAGAUAGAAAGCGUAACAACUCAUCCUCAUCUCCUUAACCUAACAAUGAAAUAAAUAAGUCCAUAAUUAUAAUUCGGGAUAAUAAUAGCAACAGCAAUAACAAUAACAACAAUAAUAAUAUUAAUAGUAAUAGUAAUAAUAAUAAUAAGCAUAGCAGUAUGGAUAAGCUAGAAAUUUUAAUAACAAUGCAUAUAACGGAAAUUUCCAAGCUAAAUAAUAAUAACAAUAACAAAUGGGAAAUGGCUUUAAUUAAUAAUAGUAUAACCAAGGAUAUUAGUAAAAUAGUAACUUCUAUAGAAACCAAUUUUGAAUGGAGAGUUUGUUAGUUUAUUGAUUUAAAUUAAUUUACAUUUCUAUUUAUCUAUGAAUUUACUUACUUACUUACUUACUAGCUUGCAAAAAUUCAUUCAUUCAUACUUACUUACAUAGAUGAAUUCUUAAUUAAUUAAUUAAAUUAAAAUAAUUAAACAUAGAUAAAUAAAGUAUUUAUUUAACUUAUUCAAUUCAUAAAUUCUAUAUUUUAGAAAUCUUAAAUUUAAUUGGCAAAACUUCAAAACUUUGUUUUAUUUUUAACUUUCUUUUUAUUCAAAAAUAGUUACUUCAAUGUACAUUCAAAUUAAAAUAAAAGUUGUUGUUUAAAUUUUAUAUAUUUACUUUUCAAGUGA